AUGAGUGCGAGAAGCCAUUCUUGUACCAGUGCUGAAUACCAGCCCAUAUUCCCGGCUCUACAACCCCGCUUCGUCCACAUUCUACUCCUAUUUAUUGCUCUACCAUAUCCCAGCUUGGCCAGCAUGCCGACGAUUUUGCCAUUAAAAACUUCUACCCCGGAGCCAGUCAAGCAGAUUAAUGAUGAGGAUAUGUUACAAGAUGCUGUCCGAUUCUUCUAUCCGCGGGAAAUUGUCGAGGCCAAUUCUGGUUUGGCGUUGUCGUUCGCUCUGUCGUUAGACGCUCGCCAACAUCCGCUUUCAGCCGUCUUUCGGCUUCGGGUCAGCGGUUGUGGAAAUGCCACGCUACAGGUGAAGAACGAGUUGCUAGAUGAGGAGCUGGAGUGCGAGGGUGCUGCUCAACCGGACACGUGGCUGGAAUGGGAUGUCCUGGAGGAGGUGUCGAAUUCGGAUGAGCAGACGGUACUCAGCGAUUUGGGUUACAACGCGUAUAUGUGUGUUGGGGAAUGCCCAAAUCCUCUGCCCGCUCGAUUGAACGCUACGAACCACGCCAUUGUACAGUCACUCAUCAACAGCCUGAACAACGACGUAAAAGCGCCAUGCUGCGUACCAACGGAAACAUCAGCCCUGAACAUCCUCUACCGUGAUUUGAACGAUUCGAUUGUCUUCAAGCCGUACGAAGGGAUGCGGGUCGAAGCGUGCGGCUGUCGA